CAAAGAUGGCGGUCUUGUCGCAGUUGCUAUUCUUUGCUAAACAAUAACGAGAAAAUUGAUAUAACCAACUAUUUUUAUCACAUUUCCCAGAAAUUUGUGCAAAACAUAGAAUCAAUAAUAUUUAUAUAUUAAGUUAACUAUUACGAUAAUGUCAUAUUAAGUGAACCCAUGGCUUCCAAUGUGCAAGAUUCACCUGUAUAUCAGCAGACGUUCGUUGAGGAGAUUGAUUAUAAUGAAAUUCAAGAGUUGACGGUCGUUGGGAAGGGGGCGUUUGGAGUAGUAUGGAAGGGCUUAUGGCGGAAUAAAUUCGUGGCUGUUAAACAUAUAAACUCAGAAGUGGAAAGAAGAGAAUUUGCUACAGAAGUCCGUCAACUUUCACGUGUCUCACAUCCCAAUAUUGUAAGACUAUACGGCGCGUGUACCCAAGGUGCUCAAGUGUGUCUUGUUAUGGAAUAUGCUGAAGGCGGCUCAUUGUACAAUGUUCUUCAUAAUCGCCCAAAACCUAAAUACUCAGCUGCUCAUGCUAUGAGUUGGGCACGACAAUGUGCAGAGGGUGUAGCCUACCUUCAUGCAAUGAAACCAAAGCCAUUAAUACAUAGGGACCUAAAACCACCAAACCUGCUAUUAGUUGCGGGUGGACAAAAAUUGAAAAUAUGUGAUUUUGGCACUGCAGCUGAUAAAGCCACUUAUAUGACAAAUAAUAAAGGAAGUGCUGCGUGGAUGGCACCAGAGGUAUUUGAAGGAUCAUCAUAUACAGAGAAAUGUGAUGUUUUUUCGUGGGGUAUUAUAUUAUGGGAAGUGCUUUCGAGGAGGAAACCCUUUGAAGAAGGUGGUUCUGCAUAUCAAAUAAUGUGGGCAGUACAUACAGGUCAGAGGCCAGUACUUAUUGCAGGUUGUCCAGAGCCUAUAGAACAGUUGAUGACACAAUGCUGGCAUAAAAUACCAGACGAGAGACCUAGUAUGGCUAAGGUGGUAGAAAUAAUGAAAAGUCUAUGUGAAUUUUUUCCCGGUGCUGACACACCGAUAAAUUAUGAUGAUCUCGAAGUAGACGAGUCAGAACAUUUUGAAGAAGAUUUCGGUCCAUAUAGCACGCAUGAUAGCUUUGAAACAGAGAGUAUUGUCCAGACCCAUAACCCUCAAUAUACAAACGAGAUCAUGACAAACCCCGUGGUGUAUAGAAGUACCGAAACACCCCUAUCCCCUAGACCUAGAAGUUUUGUUGAGGCUCAAGUUAGCAAACUUCAAAAUCUCAUAGCAGCUGAGACUCAACCAAAGGCAACAGUUAGAGAUGACGCCGAUCAAAGGCCGACUGUUAAAAUACAACAUCAGUUCAAGCGACCGGAAACACAUCUUGAACCAGGAAGAUCUGCAAACCGAACAUCCAACUCUUUAGUACCAUUAGAUAAAACUCAUAUGGCUAGUGAAGCAAGUACACCUCAAGAUUCAUUGCAAGUAAGGAGUCCUAAUGUUUUCAGUGAAAGUUCAUCUCCCAGAGGGAUAUCGCCUUUAGCUAAUUACAAUAUUGGCAAUAUGAACCCUCGGCAUAUAGAUAUAGAGCAAUACUGGAACAGAGUGAGUGAUAAUUCACCAGUACGAACUCCAUCUGCGAUAAGUACAAACUCUACGAGGAAAGAGGAUUAUAACCAGAAUUACUGUGAUAGAUUAAGUACUGGAAACAGUCCUAUGACACCAACGAACGAAUACAAUGGUAACUCUCCACGUCUCCCGAUGGAUACUAGAUAUGCGACUCCUUUACAAAUUGAAGUUGAUCCUAAUGUAUGGGAGUUGAAGGAUUUCAGAGAUUCACUGGGUUACGAUGACUAUAUGGAUAUCAGGAACGCAGACUUCAAUAAUAUACCAGUUGGUAACAGUAGCGGUUCGACUCCCGCGGAAGGCGCCGCGCCCCCGCCUUCCGAGCCCGACCCCGAUCUUGACUCCAUUCACAUGAUGCUGGACCCACACUUGAGGCCCAUCUCACCGGACCUCAAUAACGAGGAGUCCAAACGGAUAUUUGAAGAACACAAGCAGUUAGCGCAGGAAUAUUUAAAAAUACAAACUGAACUUGCUUACCUUAGCAACCAUAAGUCAGAGUUAGAAGAUCAGAUGGACGAUGAGGAGCUCCAACAAAAGAGGGAGAUCAUACAAUUAGAAAAAGAAAAGGACUCGUUAAUCAAACUGUACUGCACUUUAAAGAAGCAAUGUGCGCGAGUGGACAACGAGAGCUGGCUGCUGCCGGAGGAUCUCCCGCACGAGUGACGUCACAGCGCCGCACUCGCGUGUGACGUCACCGCUGUGGCGAGGUUGAAUAUCGUGACGCGCCGAGCGAACUACUCAACGUGAAUUUAACGUCUGACCAAACCCUCUAGUCAAGAUAACAGGGAUAGAUUGUGCAUUUUUAAUAGUUGUUAACUAUUCACGUUUCAUACGCUCUCGAUCGCAAAUAUUUUUGUAUAUGUAACUAGAUAUUUUAUGAAUGCGUGUAGUGCAGUGCAAAGUACUUGCCCUAUAGAUGUCUGUAGGGUCUGAUUGAAAUAUUGAUCUCAAGUCGCCAAACGAGCCUUCAUCACCACUUCUUUUUACAAGAAGUUACUUUAUAUUGUAAGUCUCCGAAUACUUCAUACGCUUUACUUUUUUAUAUAAACGAGUUCAUUGCCUAGUUUCUUGAUAUCUACGAAUUAAAUUUUUCAUGUCAUUCUUGUUUAGUUUGUGACUAACACUAGUAAACCUAACAAAUAUUUCUCUUAUCCUAUCCUUGUUUCAUCAUUAUUUACUUCAUUACAGGCACGUUUUAGUGCCGUUUUGGUGAUAUAUGACUUAAAAAUGUAUGUGUAAAAUUUUUUAAUAAAUAAAAAUUAUUUAUUUGAAUUAUAAAAUUGUGGUGGUAAAAUAUUAUAAUUUAGAGAAUGUGUAUGUAAAUUAGAUUUACUACUGUAUAUUUAAGAUAGUAUUAGUAGACAUAACGUGUUUUUAAGUUUUAUAAAAAAUAAAGAAGAAAAAAUACCA